AGACCCAAUGGGCGCAAGUCGUCGAAAAAGAAAGGCGGACCACCCGUGUACAAACAAAUCCCCGUCCCAAAGCCCGGUCCCGACGAAGUCCUCGUGAAGAUGAAAUACACCGGCGUCUGCCACACAGACCUGCACGCCAUGAACGGCGACUGGCCUCUGACCGUAAAGCAGAACCUAGUUGGCGGCCACGAAGGCGCCGGCAUUGUCGUCGCGAAGGGCUCACUCGCGCAGGGUAUUGAGAUCGGCGACCACGCAGGCAUCAAAUGGCUCAACGGAUCCUGUCUCGCAUGCGAGUUCUGCAAGACCGCUGACGAGCCGUUGUGUCCCGAUGCACGGCUGUCCGGAUACACGGUUGACGGCACGUUCCAGCAGUACGCGAUUGGUAAGGCGGCGCAUGUGGCUAAGUUGCCUAAGGACGUGCCGCUUGAUGCUAUUGCGCCUAUUCUGUGUGCUGGUAUUACGGUCUACAAGGGUCUUAAGGAGUCUGGUGCGCGUCCAGGUCAGACGGUUGCGAUUGUUGGUGCUGGUGGCGGUCUUGGUUCGCUUGCGCAGCAGUAUGCUAAGGCUAUGGGGUUGCGUGUUAUUGCUAUUGAUGGUGGUGAGGAGAAGAAGGCUAUGUGUGAAAAUCUUGGUGCAGAGGCCUACGUCGACUUCACCAAGUCUAGCGAUCUCGUUGCAGAUGUCAAGGCUGCUACUCCCGAUGGCCUUGGUGCCCACGCCGUGCUCUUGCUUGCUGUCUCUGAGAAGCCGUUCCAGCAGGCUGUCGAAUAUGCUCGCUCCCGUGGUACUAUUGUUGCCAUUGGCCUUCCCGCCCAUGCGUUCCUCAAGGCCCCUGUUUUCGAAACCGUUGUCAAGAUGAUCAGCAUUAAGGGCAGCUAUGUCGGUAACCGCCAGGAUGGCGUUGAGGCCAUUGACUUCUACGCGCGUGGCUUGAUCAAGGCUCCUUUCAAGACUGUUCCUCUGAAGGAGCUGCCUGAGGUGUUCAAGCUCAUGGAGGAAGGCAAGAUCGCUGGCCGCUAUGUCCUAGAGAUCCCUGAAUAG